AUGUUUCCACCAGGUACAGAUACUAGCGGCCAUGUCGUAGUCCAAUCUUUACCUGUGGCCGUUGAGAAGUCGGUGAGCCCAAGUGUGCAACAGGAUGUCUCAAGCGACGAGAAGAAAGCGUACAAUGUCGAGGUCCUCGAGAGCCCUGAUUCGCCAGCGGAGUCCAUCAUAUCUAUUCAUCAGCCGUAUUCACAGCAAAUCGUUGGCACGAGGUUACAGAGAUGGGGAGCCGUCCUUUUAAAGUUUGCAAGAUUCACGGGACCGGGGACUCUCAUCAGCGUGGCGUAUGUCGACCCGGACAACUUCCAGACUGCAUUGGAUGCAGGGGCUCAGUUUCAGUACAAACUCCUAUUCAUCAUUCUGCUUGGUGUGUUGAUGGCGGCAUUGGCAACCAAGCUUGGAUGUGUCACGGGGUUGAAUCUUGCACAGAUGAACCGUGCUUACCUUCCAAGAUGGUUGAACUAUUUCAUUUAUGCCAUCGCGGAAGCAGCAAUCAUCAGUACCGACAUUGGACAGGUCAUUGGAACAGCUAUUGCUAUUAACAUCCUGUUUCCAAAGGUACCCCUCGUUGGCGGGUGCGCCAUCUCAAUAUGUGAUACGCUCUUCAUCCUCGCUUUCUACAAAGCCGAUGGAACACUUCGUCGUCUCCGCAUAUUCGAAGCUUUCGUCGCCCUCUUCAUCAUUGGUGUCUUUACCAGCUUCUGUAUCGAGCUCUCGUUUGUCACCGACCCAGCUGCCGACGUGUUCAAAGGGUUUCUUCCUUCGAAAGAGAUCUUUGUCUCCAAUGGACUCUUCCAAUCAUGCGCAAUCCUCGGCGGCAUCCUCAUGCCUCACUCCCUCUACCUGGGCUCCGGCUUCGUCCAACACCGCAUGCGGGACUUUGACGUUACCUCUGGCACUCUCCACGAAGCACGUGCCUCCAACACCAAGUACGCCAUCACUCUGUACCGCCCCACGAUCUCGGCCAUCAAGAGCUGCAUGAAGUACUCCAUAGCAGAGAUGUGCAUCUCCCUUUUUGUGAUCACGCUGUUCGUCAACAGUGCGAUCUUGAUCGUGGCGGCGAACAGCUUGGGCGCGGACGCCUCGAACGCCGAUUUACCCGCUAUUUAUCAUCUCUUUGUGCAGACCAUCGGGCAAGCAAGUGGAACCAUCUUCGCCCUCGCCCUCCUCUUCUCCGGCGUCUCCGCCGGAAUAGUCUGCACCAUGGCCGGGCAACUAAUCUGCGAAGGCGCGCUGGACUGGCGCAUGAAGCCCUUCUACCGACGUCUCCUCACCCGCAGCGUCUCCGUGAUCCCCGCCAUCAUCAUCGCCGCCUCUGAAGGCCAGCGGGGUCUCGCCGCCGCGCUGAACGGCUGCAACGUCGUUCUCUCCGUGGCGUUGAUCUUCCUGACAUUUCCGCUGAUCUGGUAUACGAGUUGCAAGCGGUAUAUGCGGGUCAAGGUGGAUGAGAGGGCGACGCCGCUGGGCGUUGUGGAUGGGAUUAUGAACUAUGAUGCUGUGAGGGCGGUGGAGGCCGGAGGGGCGGUCGAGGGCACGGUGUGCAUGGCGAAUAACUGGCCGACUACUAUUGCGGCGGGGGUGGUUUGGUUGAUUGUUACGGUGUUCAAUGUUGCGACUUUGACGUUCCUCGGGUUGGGGAUUGGGAGCGAAAAUUAGACUUGGUGUCGAGACGGAGAUACAAGAUGUAGAGGGAAUAAGCGUAUGGAUAUGAACAUAGAAAGAGUAUAAUGUAUAUAGGAAGAGGGUUCUAAAAUGUGAGUAGGCUUUUUACGGUUCACCAGGGAUCUGAGUUGAAGGCAGAGAUGUAUGUCUUACGUACACUUCUUACCUGAUGAAAGUAACAAGCUACAAGAGCUACAAGUCCCCCACGAGAGCCGGGAUAAUACCCAACAACCUCAACUCUGCAGUCGGGACCCUACAUCGAGACUAGAGGCUCGAGACUGUAUUUCUGCUCAAAACCAGUCGAAUAGGAUCAUCCCCUUUUUGAGUUGCAGCGAGCAUUCGCAGAAAUAGCUGGCAAGCGGCAGCCAAGCGGGAGCAUUACCAGAUGCGAUGGAAAUGUGGUCUGAUGUGGACGGCUGCAGGCGUUAGGUUACCCGAAGAAGAAACUCGA